AUGGUGGCGGCGGAAGAAAUAUGUUCAUAUUUACCAGAGGAAUUAUUGGAGUGCACCUUCAAAUACCUCCACGGCGACAACCGCAGUUUCAUGUCACUCUCCCUCGUCUCCAAACAGUUUCUGUACAUCACCAACCGUAUACGAUUCUUGGUCACAAUCACCGAUGAAACCAUUCCUUUCCUUCCUCGCCUCUUCCACCGCUUCCCUAACCUCACCUCGCUCAACCUCGCUAUCGUACCCAAAAUUGUAGAAGAAGUGAACGCUCUUCUAACCCUAAUCUCCACUUUCCCUUUAGACAUCAAAUCGAUCCGUCUAUGCCCCAAACGCAUACUCAGACCCAUUCAGAUUCCUGCAAAUGGCUUGAUAGCUUUGUCUAAAACUAAGAAAAAUAUGACAUCUCUCAGUUUUUACCAAAUGGGUCAUUUCGACAAGAAGAAUUUAUUAUUGAUCGCUGAUUGUUUUCCUUUACUCCAAGAACUCAAUCUCUGUAAUCCCUGGCUUACUAGUGACACAGAUUUUAUGGUAGAUCAUAAGGAUCCAUUAUUAGCACUUCCCAAUCUCCGCAAGAUUAACCUAUCUGGUAAUUACAUCGGUGACUCAGACCAAUUUGCUAACUUUCUCCGCCAUAACUGCACGCUUCUUCAAGAGAUCACGCUGAGUUUGGGGAAUUUGGGAAAUAUGACUGUACUAGUCCUCUAA